UACCUCGAACGUGUAAAUGACUUUGGGCGUGAAUAAUCUGAUCGAUUCGGUGGUGCAUCCUGAAUGUUAACCCAGCUUAGGUAUUUUUCGUUCACAGUUGUUACGUAAAAUGUAUCGAUGUCAUAAUCUACCGAUCGGCCCCCAGAGCCAUGGCCUACUUGGUGGAAAUUUCAGACAAAUUUCUAUUCUACACAAAUCAAACAAUUUUGCAAUCAUCGCGCCGCGUCCUCAUCGAUACAAUAAUCAUCUCUUUCUGUUCUCACCCAGAUACGCGCAGGUGUGGUUGUCUUCAAGGUAUCCCUACGAGAUCCUCCGCAUACAAGGAUCCUAGAAUCAACGUCGCUAGAUUCUGUUAACGAUUGUGCAAUGGAAAAACACCGGUGGCAUCCGUAGCUCCCUCAGGGAUACUCCAAGGAUUUAACUUUACAUACGCCUCUGGUUCGACACACGCUAUCAAGAAACAACCACGUUAAUACGAUCCCAACGAAGAGAGAAGAGGGUUUUUCCGAUAUGGGAAAGGACAAGGUCGUGCAUUGAGAAAGUUGUCCCGUAACAGGAUUUUUCAGGUCAGAAACCAUAAAAUUCGAACGAUGCCGGGGGUUGGACGAACGAUUCGGAGCCUUAAAAACACCCGUACCGAUCGAACGACGAUCGAAGAAACGUAUCAGAGUGCAUAUAUGUGUAUUGAAACAUCGAACGGAACAUCUUCAGCAAAUUAUCAUACUACCCCGACCAUUACUCAUCAAGCAUCGGAUCAUUAACUUGCGGUGUGAUUAAUAUUUACAAAUCAUGGAUCAUCCUGCAACAAACAGCGAUACCUGCAUCGUUCCUAUCCUCUGUGUUUACUGUAUUCGAUAGAAGUCCUGUUACGUCCUUCGAGCUAUCGGAAAGAUUCGUCAACAAGACAAGGGACGGUUACGAAGGAGGGACACGGAUCCCAACGUAUCGUGCCACGUGGCUGGGAAACAAAUUGGAUUAUCAUCGCGUACCAUUUCGUGUAUCGGUUCGGCAGGAGGAAAAAAAGUCGCGCGAGACACGCACGUGCGUGUCACGAGCGCGGAUGGAAGCGGGUUCGCGGUGGAUCCGCGUGCGGCUAGGCGCGGCCAGCGAUACAGAAAAUCCAUGGGCCGAAGGAACAAAAGGAGCAGAAGGAGAACAGGAGGAACAGAAGCGAGUUAGUCGCGAAGGUGGAACGCGCGUGUACCGUGUACCGUGUGCCGUGUAUCGAUACAAAGAGAGAGAGAGAGAUAGAGGAGAGAGAAAACAACAACGAGCAAACAGCAGAGACUUGCUUCGAAGCCGAGAAGCCGAGAAGUCGAGUCGGCGAACCGAACGCAUACCGCUCACCGAUUCCAAAGUCCGCCGAAGGAAGAAGAGUGUUGAAACCGCGUAGACGAAGAAAUUGGCAGAAAGUUGAAACUCAUUGGAAACGGAAUUGAUCAGCUGGACUCUGAGAAAGGAUCGAACCGUUAAGACGUAGCAGCCACGUAGAAUGGUAGCAUCGCAACACGACGGUACCAGAAGUGUCGGCGGAGGUGGCGGAGGUGGCGAUGGUGGAGGCGGCGGUGGCGAUGAAACGGUGUACACGGUAACCGUGAGUGGUGUCGGUUACAGAAACGAGGGUUACAAGGACGAUGGUACGGACGGUAUACCACCGGAACCGCAUAAACCACCUCAAUUAUCGUCCACCGACGACGACACUCAAUCGAGAAAGUUCAAGCUGUCCCGUAGCGAGAAAUGGCGUAUUUUAAAGAACAUUGGGACCGUGUCCAUCGCGUUUAUGGUUCAGUUCACUGCGUUUCAGGGAACAGCGAAUCUUCAGUCCUCUAUAAACGCUAGUGACGGUUUGGGUACGGUAUCCCUGUCGGCCAUAUACGCGGCAUUGGUGCUAUCAUGCAUCUUCGUACCCACGUUCGUUAUCAAGAGGCUCACCGUGAAAUGGACCCUAUGUGUGUCGAUGUUGUGUUACGCACCGUACAUUGCCUCCCAGUUCUAUCCCAAGUUUUACACCUUGGUACCAGCCGGGGUGCUCCUCGGCCUUGGCGCUGCGCCCAUGUGGGCGGCUAAGGCAACCUACCUCACUCAGGUCGGCGGUGUAUACGCGAAACUAACCGACCAACCCGUCGACGCCAUCGUCGUCAGGUUCUUCGGCUUCUUCUUCUUGGCCUGGCAGACGGCUGAACUUUGGGGGAAUCUCAUCUCUUCGCUCGUACUCAGCGAGGGAGAAUUCGGUAGCGGGAAAGGGAACAGCACCACUAAUUCGGACAAGAUCAAACUCUGCGGUGCUGAUUUCUGCGUCGUCGGGAACGGAGGCCACGAUACCUUGGAACGUCCUCCUGAAUCCGAGAUCUACGAAAUUUCGGCGAUCUAUCUAACCUGUGUGAUCAUCGCGGUGAUAAUCGUCGCUCUGUUCGUCGAUCCUCUCUCCAGGUAUGGUGAGAAGCAACGAAAGGUUGAUAGUCAAGAACUGAGUGGUAUACAGUUGCUUUCUGCAACUGCUUAUCAGCUGAAGAAACCGUAUCAGCAACUUCUCAUACCGAUCACAGUAUGGAUAGGAAUGGAACAGGCGUUCAUCGGAGCAGACUUUACACAAGCGUACAUCUCGUGUGCAUUAGGCGUGCACAAAGUAGGCUACGUAAUGAUCUGUUUCGGUGUCGUGAACGCCGCCUGUUCCCUGCUCUUUGGCUCUCUGAUGAAAUUCGUCGGCAGACAGCCGCUUAUGGUGCUAGGUGCCAUCGUCCACGUUAGCCUUGUCGUCGUGCUACUCCACUGGAAGCCGAACCCUGAAAACCCUUACGUUUUCUACACGGUUUCCGGAUUGUGGGGAGUCGGUGAUGCCGUAUGGCAAACACAAGUUAACGGUCUCUACGGUACACUGUUCAGGCGUAACAAGGAAGCCGCGUUCUCGAACUACAGAUUAUGGGAGAGUGCCGGUUUCGUGAUAGCGUACGCUUACAGCACCCACCUGUGCGCUCGUAUGAAGCUGUACGUGAUGUUAACGGUGUUACUUAUCGGCACGAUCGGCUACAUCAUAGUCGAGCUGUUGCACAGGCGUAAACAGAAAAGGCUGAAGGCUAUCGCGGAGGAUCCUAAGGCGGCCCAAGCGGAGGCUAACCAAGUGGAAGAGACGGACGAUGAAAAGGACGAUAUCGACGACGAUAUCAUUAUCACUCAUCUUUGAACAACCGCUCAGUGUUUGGGCUUGAUCGACUCUUUACCAUUUGCAUAUUUUUUUUUUUCAUUCAUCCUUAUCGCUUCGCUAUAAUAACGAGCACGGUAAGCUUUCCAUGGCGACGUAUCGGCUCUCCGAAUGCGUUCAAGAACAAUGGAGAUAUUCGUCUGGCAAGCAAAUUACGUGUUCGUCUAUUAUCGUUCAAUUUUUCGAAGCAUAAGGACGAUCUUGACCGAGAAUUUUGUCGAACAUCAAUCGUUCGACGGGUCACGUAUCCGAAUAAUACUUGAAAAGUUUAAGUACAUUUCUAAUUUUCAAUUCUCCACGUUGAAUAUACAACGUUCUUUCUCUUCCUUUCUUCUCUGUUUCAUUUUCAUCAAGGGAACGUACUGUUUCUGUUUUUGAAACGUUGACAAAGAUAACUGUUCUUUUCUUUUUUCUUUUGUGGAAAAGGACCGGUGACAGAUUUAUAGGUCAUGGAAACACCGUGUUAGUGUGUUAGCUUCAUCUGAUUUCAUAGCCUCCAUUAUUAAUCGAAUUACUUGCCUUCAGGGUGCUAGAAGCGCGUCCCAACUCCGUACUUCUCCUCCUGCGUUUUCAUUCGAAGCUUUGGGAGAUGGAAUAGUGCGAAAAGAGUAAGAAAUUAAGAAAAGAAUUCAACAUCGGUAACACCUCCAUUUUACCACUAGGUGGAAGCGCUUCGUAGCAACUUGCCAUUAAGUUUCUUCGUUUUCUUUUUCUUUUUAAUCGGCAUUAUCUGUCCCAGUUGUUGUGAUAAAGAUCGGAACUUCCAAAAGGACGAUUCGAUCGUGAAUCCGCUUAUUUUGUACAUAUAUAUACACACGGAUUAGCAAUUGUAUAUGAAGUGAAAUGGAUGUUCCAUGAAUGGGCGUGAUAAAGCUUCUUUUUUUUUGUAUCCUGACCAUGGAUGCAGUCAGAAAUCGAAAAACGAGCUUGUCAAACUAAUCAAAUUUCGAGCAUUAAGAGAGAACCGAUCAGACAUUGAUAGAUUUCAUAGUGAAUCGACAGACUCGAGGCGAGUAUCCUUUUUUAAAAUUUCUUUUUUCUUUCCGGAGGAAGCUGAAACAGGCUGGGUCUGUUGUGAUCGUGCAUCGUUUUAUUCGUCUAAUACAAUGAAGCAAACGCAAUGGAAUUGUUCUUAACAUUAUUGUCACGCUCUAAAUUGGAAUCGAUUACGAAUCGUCGCGAUUCCUGUUGUAAGCGUGCACGUGUAUCAUUGAAAAGAUCUUCAUCAUUAGAAAGAGUAUAUCGAAGGUUAAUGACUUUUAGUGGUAGACGUUUAAGGAUCAUCAUUGUAGUCGAUAAUUUAACGUUUAAGUACACGACAGAAAUGAACAUGGUCUUUUUUUUUUUAUAGUAUCACACUGUGUCUGUUACAUUGAAAGAUGAAAAUAAUAGGAGAGUAGACAAUGUUUGACUUAUUAGUGGAGAGAUCAUUCGAGAAAUCGGUUGUUGUGCUGUUGAAUUUGGAUAGAAAGAAGUCGAUAAAUCCCGCGGUGGAAAACGUAUGGGUAUUCGUUCUAUCCCGAUCACAUUGAAUCAGUAUUUGUUACACAAAUCGAAUUACUAUUAUUAUGCGUUAGUUUUUAUUAUGUAUGAUGAACAUACUGACCUACUGUAUUGUAAUAGCCUCUCUCUCUCUCUCAACAGUAUGUAAUUCC